UCGGAAUAAUUUAACAGCAGAAAUCAAUGCACCGUAGUAGUGAUUACUUUGAAUAAAAUCGUGAAACUAAUGUAAAAGAAGAGUGCAGUAAUGGAAUUCAUUACCGAAUAUAAAAAUUAUGUUACAUCUAUCAUAAACAACGGUUCGAAAAGUUAAUUUAAUAUAAAUUUAUUCAAGAAUAUAUACAAGAACUAUCUUGUUAUUAACAUCAAGUACAGUGUGCACAAUAUAUUGCAAUAUAUUUUAAUGAGAUAGAUCAUAAAAACGUAAUUAAAAUGGAAUUAUUAAUACAAAAAUUUCCUGCGUUAUAUAAAAUUGGAAUAUCUAAAAAAUCGAAAUUUGUACAGUUAGCACUUGUAAAUUACAUACACAAUAAUAACAAUAUUCUAUACAACACAAACAAGUCUAAGAAUACAUCAAGUAUUACUUAUCCUUUCCAACAAUCAGAAAAAAAAGAAAGACAAACAUAUUUAGAUGUUGUACAUUUAUAUUCUAAGGAAAAUCGUUUAAGAACUGGACAUGCAGAAUUUAUUUUGCAUGCUAUGAAAUACAUGGAGGAAUUUGGUGUGCACAAAGAUCUAGAAGUUUAUAAAACAUUGAUGGACGUAUUUCCUAAGGGACAUUACAUAGCAAGAAAUAAGUAUCAAAUCAUGUCGUAUUAUUUUCCAAAGCAGCAAGAUACAGCCCUUAAAUUGUUGCAAAAAAUGGAAGAUAAUCGUGUAAUACCUGAUUAUGAGAUGCAGGAAAUGAUUUUGAAUAUCUUUGGUUCAGUCAGCUUGCCCAUUAUGAAGUUCUGGCGUAUGAUGUAUUGGCAGCCAAAAUUUUCUAGAUUAAAUCCUUGGCGUGUCCCAUCUCCUGUACCUACAGAUCCGAAAGUGCUAGCUGGUUAUGCUAUAAAAGCUUUAUCUAGCAAAGAUUUGUUAAGCAAAGUUACAGAAUAUAGCACAAAGGAUGUAGUAGAUGCUGUGGAUGAUACAUGGAUUAUAUCUACGAUGAGUAGAACACAGCAAGAAUUACUUGCUGUACAACCUACCUCUCAGCCUUUAAAUAUUGAAGGACCUUUUAAGGUUUGGGUUAAGGAUAACCAUUUAGAUUAUUUUGUAUUGAAAGGAGAUCCAAUUAAACGUGAAAUUGUUCAUACUAAUGGGGAUGAUGUCAACAAUAUAGAAAUUCCUUUUUGGGAGAAACUGCACAUUCAUAUACCUGUUAGUAUACACGAACAAGAUGAUGGUGUAUAUUAUGCAAUAUGUCUCACUGGCACAUCCUCCAAAGAUUCUCUACUAUCAUGGAUAAGAUGUUUGCAAAAAACGAAUCCUGUUUUAAAUCAUAUACCUAUUGUAUUUAAACUAAAAUCAGCAGUAGUAGAUCCAUUGUACAUACAAGAAAGUAUAGAAAAAGAGAACAAAAACAUAUCAAUGGAUGAGUAAUUUAUGUACGUAAAUCACAUGCAUAAAUAAAGUUGCUUUAAAUGUA